CGUGCAGGCGGUGCCGGUAGGGGGCUCUGCCUGGGUUCGUGCUUCUCCUGCUCGUCCUUUCUGUCCCUACCAGCCACCGUCGGCGGUGUCAGCGCGGCAGGGCCAUGGCGGCGGCCGGGCGCGGCGGUGUCCUCUGUCGGCAGGCGGCGGGAUGGCUGCGGGCAGCGCGGGGAUCCACGGCGGCACCUCCGGGAGCGCGGGCUGCUUCGGGUCUGAGCAAGGAUCAGCUGCCCGGGCCCUACCCGCGGACGGCGGAGGAACGGGCGGCCGCCGCCAAGAAGUACAACAUGCGGGUGGAGGACUAUCAGCCGUACCCGGAUGAGGGCUUCGGGUAUGGUGAUUAUCCUAUGCUCCCUAAUAAGUCCUUACAUGAGCGAGACCCCUGGUACCAGUGGGAUCAGCCGGACAUGAGGCGCAACUGGGGAGAGCCGAUGCACUGGGACUUUGACAUGUAUAUUCGGAACCGUGUUGAUACAUCCCCUACUCCAGUUCCAUGGCACACUAUGCGCAACCACUUCCUGAUUUUUUUUGGUACCAUGAUGGUCAUGUUCGUUCUUGGAGGCAUCUAUCCAUCUUACAGGCCCGUGGGACCGAAGCAGUAUCCCUUCAAUGACCUGUACCUGGAGAAAGGAGGGGACCCCAAUAAAGAGCCCCCAGUUGUGACGCACUACAAAAUCUGAAAGCUGCUAGAAGUGCUUUUUCUCCCACACCAACUCUGCUGGGGUUCGCAUCUUUAAUUUUCACUGCAGCAUAAGUCAACGCUUGUUCUUCAACACUGAACCACUAACUGCAGUGAAAUAUAUCAUUGAUGCUUACUGUG